CGGGCCGGCCCGUGUCCUCGGCGCCCGGCCCCAGCAUGGCUCAGCAGCGCUGCCGCUCCGUGCUCAUCACCGGCUGCAGCCGGGGCAUCGGGCUGGGGCUGGUGCGGGGGCUGGCGGCCGCCAGCCCCGCUCCCGACUGGGUGAUCGCCACGUGCCGCUACCCGGAGAAGGCGCAGGAACUCCAGCAGCUCAGCAAGCAGUAUAGCCACAUCAAACUACUCCAGCUUGACGUGGUCUGUGAAAACAGCAUAAAGAAAGUAGUCAAGGAAGUGGAAGAGAUCUUAGGAGACAAAGGGCUGAACUGCCUCAUUAACAAUGCUGGUAUCAAUGUGGUUGCUUCCCUGGAAGAAGUCACUGCUGAAACAAUGCUCACCAUUUAUGAAACCAACACAGUUGCUCAGUUGAUGGUCACUAAGGCCUUUCUUCCCCUUCUGAGGAAGGCAGCCCAGUUGAGCACCGGUAUGGGUUGUCACCGAGCAGCCAUUAUCAAUAUGUCAUCGCUUGCUGCCUCCAUGCAACUGGUCACGGCAAAUGAGAUGUUCCUAAAAGUCUAUCCCUAUAGAAUAGCAAAGACUGCUCUGAAUAUGAUCACCAGGUGUCUUGCUGCAGACUUGAAAGUGGAUGGAAUCCUUUGUAUUUCUCUGCACCCAGGCUGGAUUCAAACUGACAUGGGAGGAGACAUGGCUCCCUUGCAGAUGCAAGAAGCUAUCCCAGGUAUCCUCUCAGUUCUGGCUAAUCUCAGUGAAAAAGACAACGGCUCCUUUCUAGACGGGCAAGGGGGAACACUACCAUGGUAAUCCACACCGUGGACUACAGGAUGAGAUUGCCAACCAAUAUUUAACUUCUGGUAUUAAUGUUUUCAUCCAGAUCUUUGACUAUUUCAACUAGUAUAUUUUAAAAAAAAACUGUUAUCCAAUAUGUACAGACAUUGUGAAGUUUUUAGCUCUGCUAUGUAAUGGUAUUGCUAUGUUCAAAUAACCUCUGCAAACCCUGAGAAGGAAAUGGGACAUGGGGAAUGAUAUCUUUUUAGCAAACACUCCAAUUUACCAAACCUACAGCUAAGGGGGUGGGGAUUAUUCCUACUGGAUCCCAAAACCAAAUCAGUAAUAAGACCUACUCUAUGGGUAAGAGUUGUAGGUGAGACCAUUCCAUUCAGUGGCGUUGGGCCCGUUUACAGCAGGCAAAGGGGUUGUUACAGUCCUUGGUCCAAGCUGGAGGGACGUGUCUGGAUGACUCCUGCAGGCUGAACCAAACUGAUUUACAGUACAAGAGUCACCAGAAUAUCAGGUCAGGGCUGUUCAGGUGGGUAAAGACUGAAGCUUUAACCCUGGCCACUGCACUUCUGGAGAAGUGUCCCCCUGGUCACGGCACAAGACACUUGUUUUCUUCCUUGCUGUGACCAAUUCCCUGGUCCAUGUAGGGGUGGGGUUUGCAUGUUUGACUCCUAACUUGUCUUUAAUAAAAGCUGCUUUUGUUUAAGCAAAAACCACUUGUUUACUGAACUAUUCAGAGGCUCUCUACUGGACCUAGCUUAGGAGUCUAGGCCUCUGGCUCAAGGUGCAUGAGAUCAAAUUUCCAGCUGAAAGGCAUUGCUCUCUGCCCAGUGCUACUUGAGGGUGGCUGUUAGAGGCUGGCUCAGUUCACUGGUAGUGCCCAAAACAUGGAGAGCAACUAAUUCUUGAGUACAAAAUGUCACUCGUAGCUGGGAUAGAGCAGAGAUCUCUGAAUGCUGACUGAGGUAAGGGUGGAAGCAAAGAUUUAUUGCAGGAACUACGAAGUGUUUUUCUUUUUCUUUUUUUUUAAUUGUUUCUCUUUAAAACAGUACUUGCUGAGGCACUAAUUCCUUGGGUCAAGCUGCCUAGUUAUUUUAAUGGUGUGCCGAAGAAUAGCUUCCUUUGUG